UGAAAAGCCUGAGUUUCCGGCAAUCAACGCAUUGGAGCUGUUGUGCACUUAACACUUUUAUAUCAGAAUGUCCAGAUUGUUGACCAUUUGCCUUCUGUCUCUGGCACUUGCUGUGCAGUGCGUGUUGUCGGAGAAUCCUGCUGAGGGCUUGAAUAUUCAUAUUCGCGGACAGCUGCAGCAGUAUGAGAAAUACCUCGCCAACGAUGAUGGCUCCCACAAGGAGGAACUCAAGAAACUGAUCGGCAUCUAUGAAACCGCCUUGAAGACCGAGGACUUCAACGCCAAACAGACUCUGGUGAACGAAGUGCCCUCGCAGUUUUCUCCAGAAUUCGGCAAAUUCGUGCAAUCCAAAUUGCAAGAAGAUCAAAUCAAUGAGGAUAUUUUGGGUGCCAUCAGCUUCUACAAGUCGCUCCUGGCCAAGGGUGAGUUCAAGGCUGAUCUUGAGAAGGUCGUUGCCGAACUAGAGAGCCUGCAGAAGCAAGCCGACUUUGAAGCCAAGAAGAAUGGUUUCUUGAACCUGGAGAAGGGCUUCAGUCCCGAAUUCGUGAACUUCCUUAAGAGCGAUGCGUUGCCACAGCUCAACAGCGAUCUGAAGAGUGGCGUUGAGUUCUUCGAGAAAGUUUUGGGCGAGUCUGAUGUUAAGUACGCCACCGAGAUUAAAGACCUGAAGGCUCAAGCUCAAGCAGCUAUUGCCGAUUCCGUUUCCAUCGAUGAUAAGCACAAGGUGCUCUAUGAAAUCAGAAAUCCUCCUAACGCCGAACUGAUCGAAUACCUCAAAGCGAAAUUCGCUGAACUGAACUAAGAAUUCAUUUUCCUUUCAUCUUUAAAAAGCAUUGAAAUGAUUUGAGCUGAAGUUUAAUUUUCAUUUGGCUACUCACUUACUUAAAUUAAAUAAAUUUUAAUAAAAA